UUUUACAUCUCCCUAUACUCAUAUAUCCGCCAUGCCGCUCGCAGAAGCAGACAUCUCAGCGACCCCUAUAGACGAUGGCUCUUUUGCCUCCACCACACAGCCCAGGGAUCCCAAUGAUCGAUCCUAUGCGCCUCGCUCACCCCAGCCUAAACUCGUUCUCUUCAACCCAAGGUCAGGCGAGACUGAAACCAUAGACUUGGGUCCCGCGUCUUCCGUCAUGACCCUCGAAGACUAUCGUAAUCUCAAUCGGCAAACAACUCAUCGAGGUAUGCUCACGGGGUUAGUCGGUGGUGGUGUCUUGACCUACCUUGUGAAGAGAUUCAAGCCUACACCUCCUACCCGUAAUGGCCUUGCCCUCACUUUCCUUAUAUCGUCGUCGUUCAUCUCCUACUCUACCUCUCGAGCUCUCCUCCUUUCCCACAUCCUCCAAAUUCGCGCCAAGGCACGGUCCCAAGCCGCGGCCAACGGAGAGCUCCAAGAUCCAGCAACUCCUGGGUCUGCCGACGUCACAUUCGACUCUUUCAGUACAGGCGAUUCUCCAGCCACUCUUCCUUCUUCCGAAUCAAAUUCGUUUGGUACCCCUAAUCCGACAGAUCAGUUGCCUGGACGUUGGAGACCUCCACAGCAGCAAGGGAAGCAGGUGAAUUCCAAUGUAAGGGAGGAACUGGCUCGAGCUAGACUCGGAAAUUUCCCAAAUAGGGUUGACUGGUCUCAAGGCCGAAGGAUGGAUGGUGGUCUUCAAGCUGAAGGGGAGACGAUGAGCGACCCCUACGGAUCACCGGAUCAGAUGCGUGAUCCUUACGCUUUCACGGGAUCAUCAAGGAUCUAGCAGAAAGAUGACCUCUAACAGGAGAAGGGGGAAAAUGAUCAGAAGAAAUCGUCAAAGUAAAUGCAACAACUCAUUACUGUUAUACUAUAAUUUUCUGUCCAGCCGGCGCUUCACUGUCUCCUUCUUUUUCAUACAGUUCCGACUCAUCACUGCCCGUACUACCCAAAUCAACCUCCCUCUCCAUUCGAUUUUGAGACAACAUGGAUCUCCUCACGCUUCUUCCUCUUUUGUUUGGGGUACUAGGCGCUGCGACAACUCCGGUAGCGCCCCGAGUCGAGAUGCUCAAUGGGCUAUCUUUACCAACAGAGCUGGAUGGGGAGGACAGCCCCACACUAUUAUUUCGCUGAUGAAGCCAAGCACCCGAAGACUUUCUUAAGCUACCGUAUGUAGAUAUACCUGAACCAGUAAAUGACGUUUGGUGUCUGGGUGUCGGUGUAUAUACGGGAGAAGAGAGCAUCAGGAGAAGAUUUUUGAGGUUUGGAAGGGUUUGACGCAAAUCCAAUAGACGAAUGUUGGCAUCUUGCAUGAGCUAAAAGCGCAAGUUAGUAUUGAGCAUGAGUUAAAUGUGUCCGGACUCGCCACUUCGAUGUUCUUGUUCAACAGGAAAACGCCGUAUUC